UGGUGGUGGUAGCGUCGGGCUUUGGGACUGCUUCUCCUCAGCUCAGACAGGGGCUCUUGUCAAAACAGCUCCAUAUAUAAAGUUUUUAUCUUAAUUUCUGUCUGUACAUAAACAACAGAAGAAAAAAAACAGAAACAAAAACAGAAUUAGCACACUUUGAGGGUGUGUAGACUUUUCCACUUCAUUUGGUUUGAGGCUUCGUCGUUGUUAUUAUUAAUGCCAUCCUGGAAAACCAAAAUGAUAGCCUAUAGAUCCAUAAUCUGAUCUACAAGUCUAAUCUGGCAACCUCGUUCCUCUGACUGAUGGGAUUGGAUCGUCUGGGAUUUCGGUGACGACAUCAGCGUGACGUCAUCAGCUCGGUCCAGUAUUUAUGAUAAGAGCAGAAGGACGUGUAAUGAGGAGUUAGAUGUGUGUGUGUGCGCGCGCUGCAGAAGUUGAUCAGCUGAUAGUUUAGUUGUGUGUGUGUGUGUUUAGAUUGGACCAUCUGCACUGAGACUCGGUUCCAGAUCGAGUUUUUUUUUACAGAAACUUUGUCGGUAGUGUCGGUAGUGAGGCGGUUCUUGACGAUGCACAUCGCGGCGGAGUUUUGCGUGGUGUGCGUGAAGGUGCUCUGGUCGUUCGCGGCGGCGGCGGCGCGGUGGCUCGUGAAGCCGCGGGAGAAGCGCGUGCAGGGCCGCGUGUGCGUGAUCACCGGGGCCGGAAGUGGACUGGGCCGCCUGUUCGCGCUGCACUUCGCCCGCAGAGGUGCCACGCUCGCGCUGUGGGACAUCAACCGCACCGCCAACGAGGAGACCGCAGAGCUCGUGCGCGAAAUCUACCGACAGAACACCACCGACACCGGCACCACCUGCACAGGUCCGGACGACAGGGUUGAGGAGUUGCCCGCGCUCCAGCCGCGAGUGUACACGUACGUGUGUGACGUGAGUAAGCGUGAGAGCGUGUACGCCACGGCCGAGCAGGUGAGGAGAGAGGUGGGAGACGUAACGUUCCUCGUCAACAACGCCGGCGUGGUUUCAGGACAUCACCUUCUCGAGUGUCCCGACGAACUGAUCGAGAGGACCAUGAUGGUGAACUGCCACGCCCACUUCUGGACCACGAAAGCUUUUCUCCCGAAGAUGCUGGAGUUAAACGAGGGACACAUCGUGACCGUCGCCAGCUCUCUGGGUCUCUUCACCACGGCCGGGGUCGAGGAUUACUGCGCGAGCAAAUUCGGCGCCAUCGGCUUCCACGAGUCCCUGAGCCACGAGUUAAAGGCGGCGAAUAAAGACGGGAUCAAGAUGACUCUGGUGUGUCCGUUCCUGGUCGAUACGGGGAUGUUUAAAGGCUGCGAAAUCAGGAAGGAGAUCGCACCGUUUUUCCCGCCGCUGAACCCGGAGCACUGUGUGGACCGAGCCAUGAGAGCCAUUCUGACGGAUCAGCCGAUGGUGUGCACGCCGCGCGCCAUGUACGCCGUCACCUUCAUGAAAACGAUUCUGCCGUUCGACGCCAUCGUGUGCAUGUACCGCUUCCUCGGCGCUGAUAAAUGCAUGUAUUCCUUCCUGGCUCAUCGGAAAGAAUCCACCAACAACAACGAGUCGAAACUCAGCAUGUAGUCACUCUGGAUGUUCUGUGAAAUCGCUGGAUCAACACGUCUUCUAACAUCUCUAACGCUCUUGUUUAUCGGGAGCAAAAAAUUAGAACUGUAACGACACGACCUAGAAAUCUAUGGAUGUUGUUAAGCUGCCUUCACAUUUCCGUUUUUAAGCUCGAUAAUUUCAUCAUCUACAGAUUAUUAGAUGUGUGCCGACAUUACAUUCGUUUAUGUCCUGAUAAUUACUUAUAUUAAAAAAAAAAAGAAAAGAAGAAGAAAACCUCGCAGGAAAAACCGGGGUUAUUGUUCAAGACGUGACAAGCUGGGUUAUCGCAUCAUAAAAUAUAAGAACCAAUCAGAUUUCAGUAUGCAAAUGCAGCACCGGUUUAUCAGGGGGAAAUUAUUUAAAUAAUGACCUUAUGUCCUCAUUUGGAGGCGUUUUAACCGUAAAUAAACUUCAGUCACGGUACCGGACGCACCGAAUGCUGGGAUAUCCUCCUCCUCCGAGCAGGACACAUGCUUCUGAUGUUUCCAUUAAACAUGUCCUCUAGAAGACGUCUGGCCGUACGCUGCGCUCUGAACAGGACAGAAAUAACAACCAGCAAUACUGUGUGUUAAUGAUCGGCACAUGUCUGUAUAAAGUCCUCUGAUCAGCUUGAUUAUGAAAUAAUGCAGUAUGUUACUGUAAUCGUGUACAGCAUCUUUAUUUAUAUUUAAUAUUUGUAAUAUCUGUCUUGUUCCUUAGCUUUCGAUUCCACACAGUGACUAAACGUUUAUGCGGCUUCUGGCUGAAGCUUUGUUACUUUAAACAUUGUUCUUUUUCUGAAAGCUGUUUUUAAAAAUGUAUUCUCUAUUCAAAUGUGCAAUAUGUAUUAUUAUUGUUACA